AUGCAAUUAAAUGUCGAUAAUAAAGUGGCUGUCGUCACCGGUGGAACUCGUGGUUUAGGACUUUACUGCGCUGAAGCCUUUGUUGAAAACGGAAUCAAAACAAUCUUUAUCACCUCGCGUAAAGCCAAAGCAUGUGAAGAGGCUAAGAAGCACUUGGAAGAUUUAGCAAAGAAAAACAGCAAAUCGGUUGAGAUUGUCGCAAUUCCAGCCGACUUGGCUGUUGAAGAACAAACAGUCAAGUUUUACAAAGAAGUGGAAAAGAGAGUCGACAAGGUUGAUAUUUUGGUAGCUAAUGCUGGUGCCUCGUGGGGCGCACCAUUAGAGGAUCACAACGUUGCUGCAAUCAAGAAGGUUAUCAAUUUGAAUUUCGUCGGAGUGUACCACACCAUCCAGUUGUUUACUCCAUUGUUGGAGAAGGCAGCUUCGGUUGAAGACCCAUCAAGGAUUGUCAUCAUGUCGUCAGUUGCCAGCUUAGCAACCAACGAUAUUGUGGGAACUUACGGAUACCUUGGCUCUAAAGCUGCUGUGUCACAUUUAGGAAGAAACUUGGCUGUCCAAUUCUCACCAAGACACAUCAAUGUCAAUUCAAUCUUGCCAGGUUGGUUCCCCACCAAGAUGGCUAACGGAUUGAUUGAAGCUGGUGGUAAAUUAUUAACCGAAACAAACCCUCGUGGUAGGUUAGGUGAGCCAAAUGACUUGAAAACCGCUUUGUUGUUUUUAUGCUCAAAGCAGGCAAACUACAUCAACGGGGUUGAUUUGCCAGUCGAUGGUGGUGCUCGUUUGAACAACCCAUCAGCCCACUUUUAA